CGCCCGCCUGCCUGCCUGUCUGCUAGCUGGCUGGCUCACUCGCUCGCUCUCCCUCCAGGCAUUGCCUGUACCCGCUUCGUGAAACGGUGAGACGGCGCGAGGCGAGGAGUCGGGAGGAGCAGCAAGAGGAGCCGCCGCCGAGAUCCAGAGGGCCUGUCGGGAUUUGUUUAUGAGCCUCACGCUAAAAGGAGGCGAUGGAGUCCUUGUGUGGAGCAGAUUCUCCCUUCUGGGAUCCCAAUCGGACGAUUCACACUGACAAUCCUGACUUGACGCCGUGUUUUCAGAGCACCAUUCUGGCCUGGAUUCCAUGUAUAUAUUUAUGGAUUACGCUGCCCUUCUACCUCCUCCGUCUCAAGAAGAACAAUAAAGGGUACAUUGUGAUGUCCAUACUCAACAGAUUUAAAACGGCUUUUGGUGUGUUGCUGUGGUUGGUCAGCUGGAUAGAUCUCUUCUACACAUUUUAUGAGCAUUCAAGAGAUGAGGUGAAAGCUACAGUUUUCUUUGUCACACCUCUGAUCAUUGGAGCCACCAUGCUAGUUGCCACAUUUCUGAUCCAGUAUGAACGGCUGAAAGGGGUGCAGUCUUCUGGAGUCCUUUUUAUAUUUUGGCUUUUAUCUGUACUUGCUGCAAUUAUUCCGUUCAGGUCCAAGAUCAUGGAAACUACAGCCAAGGAAACAGUGGAAGACCAUGUACGAUUUACAACUUUUUACAUUUAUUUUGGACUUCUCCUAAUAGAACUGGUCCUUUCGUGCUUUAAUGAAAAACCUCCCUUGUUCUCCAACAUCGUAACAGACCCAAAUCCCUGUCCAGAGUCAAAUGCUGGUUUCCUUUCCACAAUGACGUUUUGGUGGUUUACUAGAAUGGCCAUUACAGGUUACAAGAGACCUCUGGAAGAUAAGGAUCUCUGGUCUUUGAACCGACAAGACAAAUCUGACGUCAUCGUUCCCAGACUGCUGAAGGAAUGGGAGAAAGAAAAUUCCCAGCAUUGCAGCAAAAAAGAAGAACAAGUGUUCUCAAAGCCAGAAAAGAGUGCAAAUCACGUGGACCAAUGUAAUGAAGCAUCUGAAAUGCUGGCAUCCGAAAAGAAGGUGACAAAACAACCAUCUUUCCUAAAGGCUUUGAUUAGAGCCUUUGGUCCAUACUUCUUGAUUGGCUCAGCAUACAAGCUGCUUCAGGAUCUCAUCUCUUUUGUCAACCCACAACUUUUAAACUUAUUGAUAGCUUUUAUCAAAAAAAGCGAUGCUCCUUCAUGGUGGGGCUUUUCCUUAGCAUUCCUUAUGUUUUUUUCUGCUCUCCUUCAAACAAUCAUCCUUCAUCAACAUUUCCAGUACUGCUUUGUUACAGGAAUGAGACUGAGAACUGCUAUUGUUGGCGCAAUAUACAGGAAGUCUUUAGUAAUUACCAAUCUUGCGAAACGCUCCUCGACAGUGGGAGAAGUGGUCAACCUGAUGUCUGUCGAUGCCCAGCGCUUCAUGGAUCUUACAACCUUCCUCAAUUUGCUGUGGUCUGCCCCUCUGCAGAUCAUUCUAGCCUUGUAUUUCCUCUGGGAGAAAUUAGGUCCAUCAGUGUUUGCUGGUGUUGCUGUCAUGGUUUUAUUGAUACCUUUCAAUGCAGCCAUAGCCAUGAAGACAAGGGCCUUUCAGGUUGAACAAAUGCAAUACAAGGAUGCCCGCAUCAAGCUAAUGAAUGAAGUUUUAAAUGGCAUCAAGGUCUUAAAGCUGUAUGCCUGGGAAAAGUCAUUUAAAGAUAAAAUUCUGGAGAUAAGACAGAAUGAACUGAAUGUGCUAAAAAAGGCUGCGUAUCUUGGGGCACUCUCGACAUUUGCAUGGACCAGCGCUCCCUUUCUGGUUGCCUUAACAACAUUUGCCGUUUAUGUCACUGUGGAUGAAGCAAAUGUUCUUGAUGCCCAGAAGGCCUUUGUCUCCCUGUCUUUGUUUAACAUCCUGAGGUUCCCCUUGAAUAUGCUGCCACAGGUCAUUAGCAGUAUAGUCCAAGCGGCUGUGUCGUUAAAGCGUAUCCAGCAUUUCCUGAAUCAUGAUGAACUUGACCCAGAGAGUGUAGACAGAAAAAAUAUAUCACCAGGCUAUGCAGUUAGUGUAAUGAAUGGGUCAUUCAGCUGGGACCCGAAUGGCUCUGUUACGCUGAACAACAUCAACCUGUUGGUCCCUGGUGGCUCUCUAGUGGCUGUAGUUGGCCACGUCGGAUGUGGCAAAUCCUCGCUGAUUUCUGCCCUCCUUGGUGAAAUGGAGAAGCUUGAAGGGAAAGUAGCAAUUAAGGGUUCUGUAGCCUAUGUGCCCCAGCAGGCCUGGAUCCAAAAUGCCACUCUCCGAGACAACAUUUUGUUUGGUCACCCUUAUAAUGAGCAGAAAUAUCGGCGAGUUCUUGAGGCUUGUUCUCUGCUGACUGAUUUAGAAGUUUUACCAGGCGGAGAUCAGACAGAAAUAGGAGAGAAGGGCAUUAAUUUGUCAGGUGGGCAGAAACAGCGUGUUAGCAUUGCCCGAGCCCUCUACAGUGAAGCUGACGUGUUCUUGCUAGACGACCCUCUCUCAGCUGUGGAUGCUCAUGUUGCAAAGCACAUAUUUGACAAAGUCAUCGGACCAGAGGGAGAGCUGAAAGGAAAAACUAGAAUACUGGUGACGCAUGGAAUCAGUUUCUUGCCUCAAGUUGACAACAUUGUGGUGAUGGUUGAAGGACAAGUGUCUGAAAUGGGGUCUCACCAGGACCUACUGAGACAGAAUGGUGCCUUUGCAGAAUUCUUGAGGAAUUACACCCUUGAAGAUAUAACUGAAGAAGAAGAAGAAGAAGCAGCAAUGCUUGCAGAAAUUGAGGAAGAAGACUCAUUUCCUGAAGAUGCGUUGAGCAAUCAUAUCGAUAUAGUUGAUAAUGAGCCAGUAGUCAAUGAGGCACGCAAGCAGUUUAUAAGGCAAAUCAGUGUGAUCUCUUCAGACAGCGAGAACCCAAAAAAAAUGUCCGUCAGAGUAAGGAGAUACAGUGAAAGACGGCAUGAACCUCCAGCAGAAAGCAAAGCACCCGAGGUUCAGAAACUUAUUCAAGCUGAAGUGGCAGAGACGGGCAGGGUGAAGCUAAAAGUAUUCUGGGACUAUAUAAAAGCUGUAGGACCGCUUCUCUCCAUCUUUAUUUGUUUUCUUUACUGCUGCCAGAAUGCGGCAGCUAUAGGAGCAAAUAUCUGGCUCAGUGAGUGGACAAAUGACGUUAUCAUUAAUGGCACCCAACAAGACACAAAACAGAGGGUCGGGGUGUAUGCAGCGCUAGGGAUUACUCAAGGUCUGCUUAUCUUGGCCACCUGCUUUCUAAGUCGAGCCUAUUGUAUGCUGCAAGCUGCGGGGAUGAUCCACCAGCAAAUGCUCCACAGUAUCCUGAGGUCCCCUCUGGGCUUUUUUGAAGCUACUCCCUCUGGGAGAAUUUUGAAUCGUUUCAGCAAAGAUGUGGAUACAAUUGACACUCACAUUCCUGACAAUAUAGAUAUCUGGAUGCGCACAUUCUGGUACACGGUGACUGUGUUCCUCGUAUGCUCUGCCCUCACCCCUGUCUUCCUCAUAGUCAUAGUGCCAUUAAUGAUGUUCUAUUGGUGGGUCCAGAGAUUUUAUGUGGCGACGUCGCGUCAGCUUAAGCGACUGGAGUCUGUCAGUAGGUCUCCUAUCUAUUCUCACUUUUCAGAAACGAUCACUGGCACCAGUGUUAUCCGGGCCUAUGGUCGCUGUAAUGCUUUUGUUCUCCUAAGUGACAUGAAAGUAGAUGAAAACCAGAAAAGCUAUUACCCUGGUAUUGUUUCAAACAGGUGGCUCGGCAUUCGAGUGGAAUUCAUUGGGAACUGUGUCGUAUUAUUUGCGGCACUCUUUGCUGUAAUUGGCAAAAAUAACCUGAACCCUGGGCUCGUGGGACUCUCCGUGUCGUACGCAUUGCAGGUGACAAUGUCCCUUAACUGGAUGGUGCGUAUGACCUCUGACCUGGAAAGCAACAUUGUGGCUGUGGAAAGAGUAAAGGAGUAUUCAGAAACCCCAACUGAGGCCCCUUGGAUCAUUAAAGAAAAAAGACCACCACAGGAAUGGCCAGGCAAAGGAGACGUGGAGUUUCACAACUACAGCGUGCGCUACAGAGAGGGUCUGGACCUCGUGCUGAAGAACCUGAACCUCAAAGUCAAAGGCGGAGAGAAGAUUGGCAUUGUGGGGAGAACUGGAGCUGGGAAGUCCUCCAUGACGUUGUCUCUCUUCAGAAUACUGGAAGCCGCGGCAGGUGAAAUCACAGUAGAUGAAGUCAAGAUAUCGGACAUCGGCCUCCAUGACUUGAGAACCAAGCUGACCAUCAUACCUCAGGAUCCUGUGCUUUUCUCUGGAACCCUGCGGAUGAAUCUCGAUCCCUUCAACAAUUACACAGAUGAAGAAGUAUGGAAGAUACUGCAGCUUUCUCAUCUGAAUAAAUUUGUCAGCAGUCAAGCAGCCCAACUCGAACUUGAGUGCUCCGAGGGUGGAGAAAAUCUCAGUGUCGGCCAGAGGCAGCUGGUGUGUCUCGCGAGGGCUCUGCUGAGAAAAACGAGGAUUCUGGUGCUGGACGAGGCGACGGCGGCCGUGGACCUCGAAACAGACAACCUGAUCCAGUCGACCAUCCGCACGCAGUUUGAAGACUGCACCGUGUUCACUAUCGCCCACCGGCUCAACACCAUCAUGGACUACACUCGUGUCCUCGUCCUGGACAAGGGACAGAUCGCUGAAUUUGACACCCCAGCAAACCUGAUUUCAAAGAAAGGGAUCUUCUACAGCAUGGCCAAAGACGCCGGCCUGGUGUAGCGGGGCUGGGG